GGGCCGCCAGAGCCAGACCGGGGGCCAAAGCGAAGCGGCGUGCCAAGCGAGAGAGCCACAAGCGUUCCGAGCUCCACCAGCGCAGAGUGCCAUGCAGCUCGUGCUCUGAACGGACAGUCCGCAGCCACUCACUCUCUCUCUCACUCGUCAGCAGCUGUCCGAGUGCGACUCGUCGUCCGCCGCCCUUCUCGUUCGUUUGUCUGCAAGAACCGUCGCCACCAUUCACGCCUACGGGAUGCUGAUGCCAGGAGGCGCCGUGCUCGGCGGGGCCGCCGACUCGGUCCUCGGCGCCGGCACGAGUGCCGCCGCCGGCGCCCCCGCCACCACCGUGGCCUCCGACCCCGUCCAGGCCGCGCUCUCGGCGGCCACCGUGGCCGCCCUCACUGGCCAGGUGCCCACCUCGGUGGCCAGUUCGGUGGCCAGCAACUCGCCGGCCGUCCAGCAGAAGGACACAACGUGGACGAAGCUGUUCGUCGGAGGCCUGCCCUACCACACCACGGACAAGUCGCUGCGCGAACACUUCGCCGUCUACGGGGACAUCGAGGAGGCCGUCGUCAUCACCGACCGCCAGACCGGCAAAAGCAGGGGCUACGGAUUUGUAAUCAUGGGUGACCGAAGUGCCGCUGAGCGAGCCUGCAAGGACCCCAACCCCAUCAUCGACGGACGCAAGGCGAACGUCAACCUGGCCAUUUUGGGCGCCAAACCCAGAGGCAACGUCACUCCCGGAGACCCGCCAGGAUUCUCCUUUGCUGGACUGAGGGCAGGAUACCAAGCGGUACUUCCAGGACAGUUCGGGGUGCCACCCGGCUACGUGUACCCAAAUCCAUACCUGGCUGCGGCCCCUGGCAUGGUGUCAAUGCCGCCCACCCCUAUCUCGCACCUGACUGCGGCGGCGGCAGCUGCUUCCAACCCUUUCUACACCGCCGAGUAUCAGCCUGCGGCUUUCCCUGGACAAUACACCAGCGGACUUGACCACUAUGCUUACUCCAGUGCAGCAGGUAAAGUUUUAUAUGGUGCUGCGGCCAGCUACGUAACUCCUUACACGUACGCAACUCUGCCGCAGGCCCUGCCCACCGGUACCUACCCAGGUAUCAGUCCAUAUCAAGCUCAGACAGCUCAACUUCAAGAGGCUCGACUACAGUAAGGUGUUAGUUAAUGGUAUUGUUUUUAUUUCGGAGAUGCUUGUCCAACCGAGAUUGAGACGCAUCACAACUCACGCAAACACAAUAAUCGCGAAAAAAAAUUAAUUGAAAAUUAAUUAAUACAAAGAGAAGAAGAAGAAAAUAUCCUUUUGUUGUUGACCUUUUUUAAAAAGAGAAACUAAAACCAAGUGUAUAAAAAACGCUCUAAAAAUGACUCCCCUGCGCAGAAGGAGGAAGAAUUAGUAUGACUAGUUAACUGUGUAUAAAAAGAAGAAAAACAGAAACAAAUUAAUUAAUUAUUACUUAGCAACUUAAAAUAUAUGCUGAGAUGUAAAUCAUGAGCUGUGCAAAGCACGGUGGAAAAAUAUUGAUCGAUAAGUUUAACUAACUAUAUGUGAGGAGAAUCGCUGAUAAAUUCGUAGAAAUUUAGAUAAACUAUAUAUCGUUUACUGUAAUAAAAAUUCAACUUAAAUAAUAACUAAUAUUAAAUACAAAAGUGCACACAAACACACAAACUCAAAGUAAAAAUGUAAUAGGGAAAGAGUUGAUUUUUUUGACAUAUUAUGUCAUAUUGCUGCAAGAUUCGCUUCAUUUUUGAGGAGAUCUCUUCAUUAAAGUAAAAAUGAAUAUUGUCCCUUUUGUUUUUUUGUUGACGGCUAAUUUAUAUUGUUGUAAUGAUGAUUAUUAUUGCUAUGGCCUCUAUUUUGUUGUAAUUAUUUUUAAACUAUCGCGCAUCGUAUGAGAGUGCUGCUAAGACUUAAAACUUAUUGCGAGAGGAAGAAAGGUCGUUACACUCGAGACUUAAGAAGAAUGCAAGAUGUGAAUGAAUAUCAAUUGUUGUUUUACCCCCGCCCACCCAAUUUUGUUUAAAUCACCUCGGAAAUGACGAAAGCAAGUGACUAACUAACCUUAGAUCUCAAAAACGCAGUCGUAGAAUUUGGACAAUGGCCGAUUAUGUAAUUAUCCAAUCGCAACUACAAAUGACAUAAUUUUGGAUCAAUUUCGCAAAACAAACUCUUUCUCUAGCUAUUGGGAAAAUUACUGAAAUAAAUAAAUAUAAAUUGUAUUUAUAAGAACACCUGCUCGCGGUCUUACUCCAAAAGUUAAUCAUGUAGAAAAAUGAGAUGAAAAAAUAUUAAGUCAGUGCAUAAGAAUGAUGUUACUAUAUCCCCUCAAAUGCAGAGCCCAAAUGCAGAUGUCUGUGUAAAUAUAUAAUGAAAAUCGAUAUUAAAAAUAAUUAGCUAGGAACAAGGUUGGAAAAUCUAACUGCUAGUCAUCCGGUAUGAAGCAAAAAACGUGACGCGGCAUGACAAUUAUAUUCAAAAGGGGUGCUGGCUCUCUCUCUCUCGUUUCAGUUUCCUCCAGGUGCGAGGGCGACAUCAGAGAAAACCAACCCUUUCGCGCCAUGAACGUUUUUUUUUCUCAAACAAUUUGCCAUUUUUUCAAGAAAAACCCGCAAUCUUUCAACAAAAUGAAACACGGUUCAGGCACAAUUUAUUGUUAAUUGAAGAGACCGGAGUGUCUUUUUUUAAUAAAUCGGGAGUGCUUUUAAAAAUACAAACUUGGAAUGUUUGGUGAAGACUGAAUUGCCAGCAACCCUCGUCUCAGAGGGAGCAUGUGGCGUUCAAACUAGUCAUCACAACAACACAUCUACCUUCAACAGAUCAGCCGUGAAAUAUGAUGAAUGAAUAUAAAAUGUAUAAAUUCCACACCCUGUCCUCGACGGGGUUGGACCAGCAUACAAAAAUCCGGUGCCUGACGAAAACUAAAUGCUAAAAUCACGUGGACAAGACAAGGAGUGCCUUCGAAACAAUGCCUCUCACGCAGGAAAUUAAUUAAGCAAGUCUUAAAUCGAGGGAUCAUUAAAUUAAAAAAAGAGAAAGAUGGAAAACGGAGUGAAUAUUUUUGCGCAAUAUUUUGGAAUCAACGCGAGAUCGACCGCAAUAUCACAUACACUGUUCAAUCGUCCGUCCGAUUUUUUACUCAAGCUCAAAACGCGCAUGCAGUUCUGCACACUUUCCAGAAUAAAUUGAUUUCGGUCGAGCUUAUUGCUUUUGAAAAAAAAAAUGAUAGCAUAUCAAUUCGGUGGAGAGGCGGCGCAAAACGACUGAAUAUCGCGAGUUCUUUGUUUAUUUCCACUACUUUUCUGCCGCCGCUCUCGCCACUCGUUUAAUCUGCCAAUUCACAAAGGAGCGCACAACAAUCACACUUCUCGAUGUUAUUACCUGAUGCGUUCGCCCUCUCUCUUUCUUUCUUUCUUUCUUUCGGCGUGACAAAUGUAGCAUUGUAAUUUGGUUUCUUGUUGUCUGGCAAGGAGACAAAAUCGGUUUCUAUUUGUAGCAGAGCUGCUGCUUCUCUUUCUUUUGGACUCGUCUCACUGCUCUCUGCGGCGGGUUCAUUUCGGCUCAUUUCCAUGCGAUCAUUUUCAAAAUUUUGGGGAUUUGAGGCACUCAUUUCAACCAAUGCAUAUCUCUGUUAAACUAUUCUCUACUGAUGUCAAUGUGUAUAAGUAAAUUUAAUGAAAGAAAAAAUACAAAGAAGCAGAGCGACUAACCCGUAAUUUAAGUAUGAGCGUCAAUAUUUACCAGCGGUGGAUUCGUCUACAUAGCAAGACCAAAUAUAUUAAUUAGAAAGAGAAGAAAAAGUUUUUUAAUCGAAAAGAAAAAAAAAUCACACGAUUUAUCCCGGAUAAAUAAGUACGACUAUUUUCGUAACAGAAAAAAACCACGAUGAAAAGCUAGCAGUUAAGAAUGAUAGCGAGUAAGACCCAAUUGUAUAAUAAUCAUUAAUUAGAGGACAGCCAGGUUCUUAGCGAGUAAGGCGCCGAAAAACCUUAUUCUUCUUCUAUAGGUAGGUUCAAUCGACAAGGGACUCUUUUCUUUCUGUCUUCUUUUAUAUAAAUCGUCGAAAUUGAGAGAGAAACCAAUGAUGUACUUCAGCCUGGUGUUGACAAUACGCAUCAAGAGUAGCUCUUAAAAAUAUGAUAUAAUCGAUCGAUUCAAUUCUGAACCAUUUCAAAUAUGAAAAAAUCAUCCUAGAUUGUAAGGAAAUUCUUUAAUUUUAAGAAAAUAAACACACACUAGCAUGUAAGAGAAAACCAAAAAGCAAUUUUUUUUAAGGUAAUAAUUAAUUAUUAAAAAAAAUUAUACAUGCAGCAUGUCUAACCCACAACAAAGUCUUGUGGUGGGAAGGCAACUUUUUAUACUUUUGGUCACUCACACAAAUAUAUUCUGCAGCAUUUUCACCUCUUUCUCUCUCUCUCUAGUUUCUUGUUAUUAUUAUUUUUAUAAAUUACUGUGUAGAAGCAGUUGCACUUGAGUUGUGUUGUUUAAUUUUUAAUUUUGCUGUCGUCCCACAGAGAAAUCAUUUUUUCUACGUCACAGCUGCAACACCAAAUAUUAAAGUAAAUGUAAUCAAGCGAACCAUGUUUCGUCAGUUUAAAAAAUUAAAAUAUUCUAAUAAGAAUUUCUAUAGUACCGAGGGAUAUAAUUGAUUGAUUGAUUGGUCAUGUGAUUACAUACUACAACUCACAAUAUUGCUAUGUUAUAUACAGCUAAAAUAGACUGGUUCAGUUCAACGUGUAGAUGAGGAAAAUUAACACCAUAUAAUUAGUAUGCAAACUUACAGAGACACAUACAAACACACAAAUAAGAAUAUGUUAGCAAACUUCAAAAGAACACAAACAUAACACAAAUACGCUGUUAUUUAUCGUAA